AUGAAGCUAACCCGGCAGUCCAUUCUUAGAUUUUUCGGAUUCCUGUUGAUUUCCUUGGCUGCUUGGUAUUUGGGAUACUUUGCUGCUGCUCAUGUACCCCAAAAUGCAAUAUCUAUUGAAGCACUUCAAGAGAUUGGAAAGAAACCAGUGUUGAGAGCCCCAGCCCCCAAAAGGCAGAAGUGUGACCACUGGUCUCCCUGCCCGCCAGGGAACUUCGCCUAUCGCAUCCUCAGCGGCGGUGGCAAACAGAGGAGGGCUAAAAUUUGUUUUGAGGAUGAGCAGCUUAUAAGUGAAUGGAAUGAUGACAUUGGAAGUGGUAUAAACAUUGCCAUUGUGAAUUAUAAAACAGGAAAACUCAGGUCGACAAAUUUUUUUGAAAUGUGGAGAGGCGACCACUCAAGGGAGAUGAUGAAUUUCAUCAGGAAUGCACCACAAGGGUCCCUCAUUCUGAUGGCCACCCAUGAUGAUGGGAGCACCAGGUUGAAUAAUGAUGCCAAAAAAUUAGUAGAAGAACUGGGAAGUAAAGAAAUCAAGAAUAUAAAGUUCAGAUCAAGUUGGGUUUUUAUAGCUGCCAAAGGCUUCGAGCUGCCAGAUAAUAUCCAAAAAGAAAAGAUAAACCAUUCUGACCAGACGAAGAACAGAUACAAAGGCUGGCCAGCUGAAAUCCAAAUAGAAGGCUGUAUCCCAAGAAACCUGAUCUGA